AUGGGACAAGCCAUCGAUGUGACAGGACAAGCCAUCAAGUAUCGGGACUGGUGUGGGGGCAUGAGCUGCCCAGUCCACGCAGCAGCCCCCACAGCUGCUAUAUUCCUCUUCACCUUCCUGCUGGGUCCUUGGGAGGCUUCGGGGCACCUGGGAACAGGGCAGCUAGGACUCCAGAUCACCUGCUUCAAUUUCCAGACAGUACAGGUCACCUGGGACGCUGGCAAAACAUUCGGAAGCAACCUGACCUUCAUGUACAGGUUCCAGGAUGACCCUGCCUAUGUCCAGUGCCUGCACUACAGCAUCCAUGGCGGUCACACCAAUGGGUGCCUGCUGUCUACCGCGGGCGAUGACAUCCUGCACUUUGCGCUCCUCAACGGCAGCCACGCCCUCAUCAACCGCAGCCAGUGGCUCAGCGACCACCGUUUUCCCCUCCUUCUCCUCCUCCUCUCAGUGAAGCCCGGCUCACCCCGUGACAUCAGCUUCCAGUGGGAGGAGGAGGCAGUGACUGUGAGCUGCAUGCAACUACCCUACAGCGGGAUCCUGUACGAGGUGCAGCACCGUAGCACCUUCGACACUGAGUGGCAGUCCCAGGAUGCGGAGACCUGCAAUGUCACCAUCCGGGGCUUGGAUCCAGACAAAUGCUACCGCUUCCGGGUGCGAGCGAGGACGAAGCUGUCUGUCUAUGGCCCUGAGGCCCAGCCCAGCGAGUGGUCAGCUGUCAGUCAUUGGAAGCAGGCACGGCCAAAAGAUUCAUGCUCGGACAGGACUCAGGUCCCCAAGUUUACCUUCGUCUUUGUCCUGGCCAGCAUCCUGCUCAUGGGCCUCCUCUUUCUGUCCUUGUGGAAGCUGCACAGUGUCAAGAAAUUUCUCGUGCCCACUGUGCCAGACCCCAAAUCCAGCUUCCCCGGGCUCUUCGAGUGCCACCGAGGAGAUUUCCAGGAGUGGAUCUCUGACACCCAGAACGUGGCACCUCCAGAUCCAAUGGAAGACAGUGCCCCGGAGCACACACUGGUCAUCCACCUGCCCAGGAUGGACCCCCAGGAGGUGCCUGGGGCAUCCAACCCGGGGUACCCUGAAGUUAGGGAGCAGAAAGCCGCUGUGGACUCCCCCAGGCUCCCUUGCUCCCCACCAGAAAGCACCAGCCUGGAAGCCCUGGCACAGCCCAAAUUCACACUGGAAGACACACACUAUGUGGUGAUGUAA